UGAAAUAUGAUAAAUUUUUAGAAACGAAACAAUCAUACAACAUAAACACUUUCGCGGAAAUUCUUUGAUUUCACGAGAUUUUUCGAGAAUGUCCAUGAGAAAAUAUGGCGACGACCGAUAAUUCAGAAGCUAAUUUAGAGUUAGGCAAAAAGUCGAAUGCUUCGCAACCUGUCAUUAUUCCAAAGACAGCCACCGAUCUUCAGAAGAUUAAACUUCAACGCUUGAUUCAAAAUUUUGAGAAGCCAGUUAUCAUACCAGAGAGACGAAAGGAUAAGAAAGUUCUAGAACCUCCUGAAUUUGUAAGAAAUGUUAUGGGUUCUAGUGCUGGAGCUGGGAGUGGUGAGUUUCAUGUAUACAGACAUCUUAGACGUAAAGAAUAUACACGGCAAAAAUUUAUUGAAGAAAAAGCUGGGGAGGAAGUUUUACAAGAAAAGUACCAUCAAAAGGUAGAAGAAAAUCGAAGGAAGGCAGAAGAAAGAACAGCUAAGAAAAGAGCUAAAAGAAUUAAACAGAAACAAAAAAAAAGCAAUGCAAAAGCAGUAAUCAAGAAGUAACAAAGCCUAUAAACCAGAAUAUAAAAGAAGAAAAAGAAGAUGAAAGCUCAGAAGAAGAAGAAGAAACCUAAGCUCAAACAUAAAUGGAUGAACACAUGACUAUCACCACCAUUUUCUUACAAUCACAAAACUUGAGCUUAGGUUCAUGAACUUUACUUGACUUGACCUCUUAGUGAAGUGUAAUUAUGAAAUAAGUUUCAUUCAUGGCUUUAUCCAAACUUUUUAUGUGGCUCACAGUGUUGGAAACAUAACCUUGAAAGCUAUCUGAAUCAAGUAUUUAAAAAAGUUGUACAUAGACCUAUUUAAUCAAUAUUAGUAGAAUUUUUGUAUUAAACAUUCACUGUUAAUUUGUAUAUUAGAAUAUGCAAAGUAAUGGCUGUAAUGACAAAACAUUUUGUAUCAAGUGGUACAUAGUUAAUAAAAAGAAAGUAU